AUGACUACAACUAGUCUCUUCUCCCGCGCUUACACGGGACUUCGUGUCCCAAAGAAGAUACGCGGCUUCCUUGCCUUACCUGGAGAGAUCAGGAACCAGAUAUACGAUUACUACUUUGACUCGGAGCGUCGCUGUGAGAUUGCCAGCAAAGGAUCCCAAUUCACGCAGCGAAAGCCGCAGACUGUCAAGUUGUCGUCAAAUCUAGUUCCUACGAACAAGACCACCCCAGCAACUAGUGUUCAACCAAUUACUGUUCCUCCUACGGUGGUCCGCUUCUCGGGACCACUUGGUAAGUACAAUGCUGUCCAAGGUCUGCGAACGAACUGGUCAGGCUCUUUAUCCGCCCUCAGUCUCGUGUGCAAGAAAGUUUCCAUGGAGACAGCGCCUUUCCUCUAUCAGAAAACAGUCUUUGUCUUCGACGCGCCGAAGCGCACUGAAAACUUCUUCAAGUUCGCCUCAAGCAUUCACAUGGGGAGCAUCACCAAGUUGCAUCUCCACUACAACACCUAUGGCGACCCUUGGGAAAUGAAAAACAUGAUUUGGCAGGAGAAGCACAGCCGAAGUUGGUGA